ACAUCACAGGCUGACGAGGAACCGAUGCUGCAGGUUCAUAUUAAUGAUAGAGACACACCAAUGAUGGUAGACACUGGAGCUACUUACACUUGUAUAAGUCCAAAUUAUGCCUCUCAUCUCCCCAGGUCAGGAAAAUAUGCUAAGACAAUAGGAUUCUCGGGACAAGCGCAGCUUAUACCCAUGACAACCCCAGUCAAACUAGCCACGAGCGGACGCUCGAUAGAAAUUCCUAUUUUGAUAGCGGAACAUACUCCUGUAAACUUAUUAGGUAGGGACGCCCUGUGCAGGUUGGGGCUACAAAUUCAGUGUUCACCUGAUGGAAUAAUCAUAGAUAACAUAGGGAUCAAAACUCAGAUGUCACUUCACCAGGCGCCACUGGCUAAUGUGUACUGGAUUGGGAACAUAGAAAGCGCUGUUAGAGAAGUCACUGUUAAAUGGGGUUCCUACAUUGAAGCACAAUUACCACGGGCCAGACUGCCAACAUUAGCCUACCAUUGCACGCUAAAAUAUGAUCCUUAUCAGGAACACAUUUUUGAACAAUUGUGGUUGGACGCUGUGAACGGUAAGCCAGCUCACGCUGUAUCUCAGUACUUUGUCAUUGGUAAACAGGGUGCGGCCAUGGAAGUAACAGAUGCUGAGGGGUCAACCCUGAUAGCUGACUGGUUUGAUGUACCUGGAUCAGUCCCCCAUAUCACACUGUUAGUAAACGAUGGGUUCAAAGCCAAAGAUCUGGGCCCAAUGAUGAAACAGGCAACGCAGGUCGCAUGGGUUAAGACAGACAAUCCUCUAAUCUUUUGCUCUCCUGAAAAUGAUCUCAUUAAAAUCCUUUGUUUUGCAGAUAUUGUUGGAGAGCCUCAGGAAGUUGAAGUUGGUACAGGUCAGCAAGUGCAGAUGGGGAAAGCGGCAGACAGGCAGGAACAGUUACGGGAAGAGAUGGAGCGGAUAGUUCCUGAACAGUUGUGGUCUCAACAUGACACAGAUGUAGGACUUGUCAAGUCAGCUAGCCCUGUAUUUAUUAAAGUAAAGCCAGGGGCUAAGCCAGUAUGGAAAAGGCAGUAUCACAUGAAACCAGAGGCGGUGGCAGGUAUUGAACCCACCAUUGAGGGUCUAGCAGAGGCAGACGUGCUCGAGGAAACAGUUAGCGAUUGUAACACACCUUUGUUCCCUGUUCUAAAAGCAGAUAAGCAGAAGUGGAGACUGGUUCAUGAUCUACGGCCCAUUAAUGACAUAGUGGAAGACUGCUUAGCUGAGGUCCCGAACCCCCACACACUACUAACCAACAUCCCUCCGGAGGCUAAGUUUUUCAGCGUUAUAGAUUUAUGUGGCGCCUUCUUCAGCGUUCCUUUGGCAGUAGAGUGUAGACAUUUGUUUGCUUUCACCUAUGGUGGUAAGCAAUAUAGAUAUACGAGACUGCCACAAGGGUUUAAACACUCCCCACACAUUUUCAAUCAGGUCCUCAAAGCAGACUUAGAGGAGCUUGUCCUGGAGGGAACACUACUUCAGUAUGUCGAUGACCUACUGAUAUGUGCUCCCACCUUGGAACAAUGCCAUGCAGACUCCAUAAAAGUGUUGCAGAGAUUAGCUGAGGGGGGUCACAAAGUGUCACGAAAGAAGCUCCAAUACUGUCAGACAGAAGUUGAAUAUCUGGGUAGGACCAUAGCUCACCAGACGAAAGCUAUCUCCCCAAGUCAGCUAGAAGGACUGAGUAGUGCACCACUUCCCCAAACAGUGAGUCAAAUGAUGACAUUCUUAGGAAUGACAGGGUUCAGUUCUGAUUGGAUAGAGGACUAUGCCCUUAAGGUUUCUCCUCUCAGGGGGCUUAUGAAAGAGGUGGGACAGCAGCAGCUCAGUGCCAAGUUGCACUGGAACUGUGAUGCUUUGGCAGCUUUUGAAACCAUUAAACAGGAUAUGCAGUCUGCUCCCGCUCUAGGAACACCUGACUACACGAAACCAUUCUUGUUGUAUGUUGCCAACAGGGCCGAGGGAUACGCUUCAGCAGUAUUAAUGCAGGACACGUGUAGUGGCAGGAGGAAACAACCCAUAGCGUAUUACAGCACGAAACUUGACUCAGUAGCACAAGGGUAUCCACCCUGCUAUCAAGGUCUAGCAGCGGUUCAAUAUGCAUAUGACAAAGCAUCCACCAUCACCAUGGGCUAUCCAGUAAUUAUUCACACCCAUCAUAAAGUAACGGAGCUGAUAGAGCGUGGAAAGUUUGUAUUGACUAAUGCUAGACUUCUUGACUACUUGCCUUUGUUGACUUACCCUGACAUCACCAUUAAGAAAUGCACCACUGUAAAUCCAGCAGAAAGAAUUCCCCUGGAAUUUGAGGGAGAGCCUCAUGACUGUGUGGCCGAGUCAUUAACCUUUACCAGACUUCGACCCGACCUUCUCUCACUCCCCAUUCCGGGGGCAGAGGAAGAGUUAUUUGUGGAUGGCUCCUGUUACAGAGACAUAGACGGCAAUCACGCAGGAUUUGCUGUGGUCAGGAUGGACUCUCAGGGUCAAUUUCACACGAUCGUAAGUCAAACCUGUCCGCAACCGUGUUCUGCUCAACUAGCUGAACUCAAAGCGUUGACAGCUGCAUGCAGAGAAGGGGAGGGUAAAGUAGCUAACAUUUACACAGACUCUGCUUAUGCACACGGGGUAUGCCAUCUAUUUGGGGCUGUGUGGAAGCAAAGGGGCUUUAAGAAAACUGAUGGCUCACCGAUUCUGCAUCAUGAGCACAUCCAAGAUCUGAUGGGUUCGCUGUUGCUCCCACGCCAGGUAGCUAUCGUUAAAUGUCAGGCACAUAGGAAAGGCAACAGCUACAUAAUUCAGGGUAAUAACGCUGUUGAUGAGGCCGCUAAACUAGCAUCUAAGUGUCAUUCAGCUAUCCUAGCUCCCUUGAUAUUGGUUGAGGCAGCACCUGUUAUGUCUGAUGUGAUUCGCAUGCAAGAAAUGGCCAAUGUGUAUGAGAAACAGUUGUGGCUACAGAGGGGUGCUACCACUGAUGCUGCAGGCUUGUGGCGGACCCAUACGGGUCUCUUAGUGGCACCCACAGCUCUCCUUAGAAUUUUGAUCAAUAAUGCGCAUGGUUUUGACCAUUGCGCAAGGGGGGAGAUAAUGAGGAUGCUUACCCGCCAGGGGUUUUGGUCACCAUACAUGCAGGCGAACGUGCCUGUGCUUCGAGGCCCCCAUGAAGGGCCUCCGCUGGAGCAGUUGGAACUGGAAUUCAGAGAAUAUAUCAGACAACUAACUACUAUACAUGAGCUCAUUCACAAACAGGAAAAGGCGCGGGUCCCGGAGCCCGAGGACGAUCAGCCCAGGGCGGUGGUUCCAGGAGACCAGGUCUACAUCAAGGUCUACAGGAGGAGGUGGAACGAGCCAAGGAGAGAAGGCCCCUACAGAGUGACCCAGGCCACGACGACGGCAGUACGCGUAGAGGGCAGCGACACCUGGUAUCACCUCAACCACUGCACCAAGGUUCCACAAGGAGUGGGACAACAUGAGGAGGAUGAGAAUGCUGAUCUUCCAGGCGGGAGUGAAAGCCAAGAGGGGGAAGGCGUGGCACCCUCAGCACCAGAGGAACUGGUACCUCAGCCGGAGAAGUCUGAGCCCAGCAGAGAGGAACCAGACGUGGGAGUGGAGAAUGCUCAUGCUCAGUCUGCUGUUGACAGCUCUGGGGCUAUGAUUCCCAGACGGCACCAAGAGCUACCCGAUAGCGUGGUGGAACCCAGACGAGGGCGGUUCAGGGGAGGAGUCACCUCCUCCAGUGGCAUUAGGGAAGGAGCCUUUAGCCCCUGCAUCCAGGGCAGGACGGCAAGCUACCCCAGGGGCCACGGCAGGGUGGAGCUGGCUUCCCGUGCCCACGGCAUGAAGGGACUACCAAACCUGAAUAUUCCCGUGAUGGAGGCCUUCGUGAACCAGUUGUAUGAAGAAAUGGGAGAGGUCUAUGUUGACGUGGAUAAAGUGAACAAGAGCAACUCCUCUGAUCCUCCGGGGAGCCAUGCCCUCUAUGACAAGACAUCACGCAGACACUAUCCAUGUCCGUAUAGAAUGGACAGUUGCCAGUACUGCAGCAAAGAAUGCCCUGCUAAGGAAGGACACUAUCAUCAUCCUGAGCCCUACAACUGUGCUCUUUGCCAAAGAGGGGACUGUCCCCUGUGUGCCGGAAAGGACUGUGCACCGUUGAAUAUCGAUCUUUUAAUGGGACUGUCUCGUAAUAAGGUUGAUGUUGGGGCCUCGGACGAUUAA